AUGGCUGCUUCAUCAUCUUCUUGUCCUUUUGAUGCGUUCUUGAGCUUUAGAGGCGAUGACGUUCGCAAGACUUUUGCAGAUCAUGUCUAUGCAGCUUUGACUGGAGCGGGGAUUCACCCCUUCAGAGACGAUGAAGAAAUUAAGAGGGGGAAAAACAUUGACCAAGAACUCACGAAAGCAAUACAGCAAUCAAAAGUAGCAGUAAUAGUGUUUUCUCCAGACUAUGCCUCUUCAAGAUGGUGCCUUGAUGAGCUUUUGAUGAUCAAUGAGCGUAGAAAAUCUGAUGUCAGGCGGCAGAAAGAAAGCUUAAAGGAAGCAUUUGAUAGACAUGAACAGCAACUAAAGGAGGAGAUAGACAAGGUGGAGAGAUGGAGGGCAGCUCUUAAAAAAGUUGCAGAUCUAGGUGGGGAGGUUUUAAAAGACCAGUACGAGGCAUCGUUCAUUCAAAACAUUGUCAAGCUCGUUGCGAAUAAAUUGGAUCGCAAGCUUCUGCAUAAUUCUAUUUCCCUCUCUAGAGGCAACCCUGGAAGCUCCUCUGGGAAGACAUCCACAAAUUCCUUGAUAACAGGAACAUCCUCCAUAUUAACACCUUCAACAGAUGUGUCUCUCACUAAUGCCAAAUACCCCUGA